CACAUGGAGGCCACAGAGACGCGGCACCUGUUGGACGCCAAGCCCAGACCCCGGUCAUACAUGGGAUCCCUGUGGCAGGAUGGCACCGGCUGGAUCCCUCUGCGGGGACCUGGCCUGGACUUGCAGACCAUUGAGUUGGCUGCCCAGAGCAACCACCACUGCCACGCCCAGAAGGGUCCUGGCAGUCCCUGUGACCCCGGGAAGGAGCGGGCGCGGCGCCAGCUCUACGUGGCCUCUGCCAUCUGCCUGGUGUUCAUGAUCGGGGAAGUCGUUGGCGGGUACCUGGCACAGAGCCUGGCCGUCAUGACGGACGCAGCCCACCUGCUCACUGACUUUGCCAGCAUGCUCAUCAGCCUCUUCUCCCUCUGGAUGUCCUCCCGGCCAGCCACCAAGACCAUGAACUUCGGCUGGCAGCGAGCAGAGAUCCUGGGAGCCCUGCUGUCGGUGCUGUCCAUCUGGGUGGUGACCGGUGUGCUGGUGUACCUGGCGGUGGAGCGGCUGGUCUCUGGGGACUACGAGAUCCAGGGAGAAACCAUGCUGAUCACGGCAGGCUGCGCCGUGGCUGUGAACAUCAUAAUGGGGUUCACCCUUCACCAGUCUGGUCACGGGCAUGGCCACAGCCACGCGCACAGCCACGGCAGCAGCCCGCAGCAGAACCCCAGUGUCCGAGCGGCCUUCAUCCACGUGAUUGGAGACUUUCUGCAGAGUGUGGGCAUCCUCGUGGCUGCCUACGUUUUAUACUUCAAGCCAGAGUACAAGUUCGUAGACCCCAUCUGCACUUUCCUGUUCUCUGUCCUGGUCCUGGGGACGACCCUGACCAUCCUGCGAGACGUGCUGCUGGUGCUGAUGGAAGGCACUCCCAAGGGAGUGGACUUCACGGCCGUGCGGGCCCUGCUGCUGUCGGUGGAGGGCGUGGAGGCCUUGCACAGCCUGCACAUCUGGGCGCUGACCGUAGCCCAGCCUAUGCUCUCCGUCCACAUCGCCAUCGCUCCGAAUGCAGACGCCCAGGCUGUGCUGAAGGCGGCCAGCGCCCGGCUGCAGGGCCAGUUCCACUUCCACACCAUGACCAUCCAGAUCGAGGACUACUCCGAAGACAUGCGGGACUGCCAGGCCUGCCAAGGCCCCUCGGACUGAGCGUGCCCCAGCCCCAGCCGGGACCCUGCCUACCUCGACUGUUCUACCCUCCGCGCCCCGCGUGAGCCUUCCCUCACUCCAGCCAUGGGGCCUUCCUGGCCUCCCCGACCUGACCUGACUGCAGCCAGCCCUGGGGUAACUGGUGGGGGUAAGGCUAGCGUGGCCUGCCCCUCCACCUCCUGGGCUGGCUCCCAGCCGGGCUGCGUUUGGUCUACUCCUCACGAGGGCCAGGGCCGAGGGCUGUCCUAACAGCUGCAGCGCAGACAGUGGGGUGCAGGGCGGCACACUGGAGGGAACCAGCCUCAGCCUCCCUCCCUGCCGGCCGGCCUCCCUGUAUGCAGCCUGUCCAGCCGUGGACUCUGUAAAGAAGCCCUGGAGGGACCAGCAGUUGGCAUAAUGGCUAUGUAGCUGGAUUCCCACGUAGUCGACCGCAGUUUGAGUC